AUGAAGAUUCCUUUAUUCGAAAUUUGGUUCUGAUAAUGAAGAUGAAGUUUGAUAAAUAUUGGGGUGAGUGUAAUUUGUUGAUGGCUAUAGGUGCUGUAUUUGAUCCAACAAAAAAAAUGCUUGCAGUUGAAUUUUGUUUUCCUAGACUUUAUUCUAGUAAGGAAGCUGCAGAAAAUAUUUCAAAAGUGAAGGAGAUCAUUAAUACUCUUUAUGAAGAGUAUGUUGCUAAAUCAAUCAACCAAGGAAUUUUUACAAGUCCGGCAGGUUCUUCAAUGGCUUUUGAGAGCCAAGUCAGCCACCAAAGUUCUACACAUACUUGGGAUGAUUUUGAUGCAUAUUGUGCACAAGUUGAGACUGCAGAACCUAAAAGAUCAGAGUUAGUGGACUAUUUAGAAAAAGGGCGUCUUAAAAAGAAUGAGCUUCCUAGUGACUUUUCUUGUUUGGACUGGUGGAAGAUGAAUAGAAUGCAGUAUCCAAUACUGUCAAGAAUGGCGGCAGAUAUUUUAGCUAUACCUGUUACUAGUGUGGCUUCAGAAGCAACGUUUAGUGCUGGAACAAGGGUAAUUGAUUCUUAUCGUGCAUUUUUUGAUGCUACCCCAAAUUAUACUCUCUUAAAAUUUUGA